UCAACAUCAGCUUGUGUUAAUUGUAAGGCAAAACCAUCAGACAUGAACGACUUGGAUUCUGUGGAACGAAGACCAAAAAACACGAAUAUGUACCAAUAUGGGCUGUCAUCUUUACAUGCUUGGAUCAGAUGCAUGGAAUGCUUACUUCAUAUUGCAUACCGCAUGGAGAUCAAAAAUGGAGCUGCAGAGGUGAAGACAAGCAAAAAUUAAAUGAAAAGAAAAAACAAAUUCAAGAAGAUUUUAAAAGUGAAUGUGGCCUUCUGAUUCAUGUUGUUCAGCAAGGAGCAGGUACCACAAAUGACGGAAACACUGCUAGAAGAUUUUUUUCUAAUGCAGAUACUUCAGCACGCAUAACAUGCCUGGAUAAAGACUUAAUAGAAAGGUUUCACGUAGUUCUUCAAGCGAUUGCGUCUGGAGAAUGGACCAUUCUCGAAAAAUAAGCCGUUUAGCAACAAAUGAAGAUAUUUUGCACAAUCUUCUUUUGUCCUCAGAUCCAGUGCUAACAACUAUAAGGCCAAGAAUGGCAAAACAGACUAGGAUGCCUCUUUCUUCUCAAACCAUUGAACUUCUGAUGCUUCUCCCUACCGAACCAAAUCAAAUGGGAUUUAUUGACAAACACUCACAGGAUAACUUAAGUGAUAGUGAAUAAGUUAGGUAGUUUCAUUUGAUGUUGUUUUGUAUGUAAUGACUUUUUGAAUAUUUUACUUCUCUUGUUUUUGUCUUUCUUCAUAAAAAAAACGUAAAAUGUGUUUAUUUAUUAUGUAUUAUUUAAGUAUAACAAACAUUAUAUCGAACAAUCUUCUUUUAAGCUUUAAUAUUAUCAUUGGUGCUGUAAGAAUUUAAGCUUUGUAUUUUUUGUACAUAUUGUUUAAUAUUUGUUUUUGUUAUAAUUUUAGAUAUGUUCUUUUUUAUAUUUUAAGCUAGCAUUGUACCUACCUAAGUAUUUAAACAUUUUUUCAUUUACUUAUAUUUUAAUAACUAUUAAACAAAUAUUUAUAAAUGUGUGUUAUUUUAACCACUAUUCUCUGUUUUCUUACCCCAAAUCAUCUCUGUUAUUCGCAUAAUACCCUAGUUACCUGACAUCAUUUUUAUUUUAAAGUCCGGUUCUAAGUAAAAAAGUGUUUUAAAAGAUUCUGUUAAUACAGAACAAUGUAAACUAACUACGUAAUUAGUUCCUG